AUGCAUCCAAAACCGCAUAUCGCUCUUGCAAGGAGGAGCAAAGGAUAUGAUGAAUCCAACGUUACUAUUGCGCGUCCUCAUCGGUUCAUUAUACUAUUUCAAAUCAUUGAAAAUGCAAGUAUAAACCUACGGCUAACACUUCCUUCAGAAGACCGAGCUCUGGUUGCGGAACUGAGAGAGACUGUUGGGAAAUCGAACGGCGACAUUCUGCGUAAGAAGGAACCACGACCACAGACGACCAUACAGCUUCACGGAGGGUCCACACCACAGGAAGUGUCUACCUGGCUCCAAGAAAAAGGCUUCAGCUUGAGAGUAAUCGAACUACUGGACGGACAAGAUGGAGCAAACUUGUUCGCUCUGAAUAAGACGAGCUUGAUGCAAGCCUGUGGCAAAGAAGAAGGCAGUCGUCUUUACAGUCAGCUCCUUGUUCAGAAAAAUCAGAGCAACGUAAGUUCACAAAGUCAUUGUUCGUUGAACUUUUUCAUGCUGCUUUACUGGGUAUUUUCGCGUAGAUAG